AUGACACGUAGGAGAUCAGCUACUUCCAAAGCUCGAGAUACAAAACAACCAACAACACUUGAAUCCAUUGCAGAGAGUCCUGCAGACGAAAUCAAGUCAACCCCUUCCGUUCAAACUGAAACCCAAACACCAACUGAGACCGAUCCUCCUAAUGAAGAAACUAGUACUCAGAACCAACAAGAAACCAUGACUCAAAUACAAAACCAAGAUGAAGAUUUCUCAUCUUCAUAUCAUCGUCAUACCAGACUCAAAUUCACCAUUUCUUCUCCACGUGAAUUCGGUAAAGUUGAACGUACUUCACUUCGAUUCAACGUCGAUUCCAUUGAAUCAUAUCAACAAGUCAUAUCUGCAUUAUCUGCAACGUUACCUGAUGAUUUAAUCGCUUUCGGUAGAUUAGCAAGAACAGAUGACCCAGUUCAUGGAAGUCUAUUGAAUCAUGAAUCAAAAGGAAAACAAUGGAUAGAAUUGAAUAAAUUAGCCAUUAAUAUUGAACAUUCUUCAAAAAGUAGUGAUAGUUACCAAAGUACCACAAGUGCUGGAACUAUCAUGAUUGAUGAGGAUGAUGAAGAUUUUGAACGAUUGAUAGAAGUUGAUCGAGUUUUAAUGAGGGAUGACAAGGGUAGAAUGAGAACAAUAAGUGUUGUUAUGCCUUCUGGAUCAAUUGAUACUUCUAAAUUGACUUCAUAUCAAGUAAAUAAAACAAAUGGGGUUGAACCUACACAGAUACAGACACAAAUGUCUUCGAUUCCUCAAACGAAUUUGAAUUCAUCCGUUUCUCAACGUCCGACAACUACAAAACCCAGAAAUAUCCAAGAGGGACAAAAUGUUCCUAGGAAGUCUAGUGUUGGAGCAAAUACGAAAAUCCCAUUGAAUACACAAUCUUCUGUUGUACAGUCUCAAGGACAUGUUACAAAGUCUAAUAUUACAAGAGUACCACCUCCUGGAAGAUCUACCAAAAUGACAAGAGGACAACCUCCAACUCGAUCAAAUAUAAGUAAUCAACAUAAGGAACCAUCAAUGGUCUCGUAUAUACCUCAAGAUUCUCAGAAUCAACGUCCUUCUAUUCCACCUCCCCCUUCAAUGAACACUACUCAUAUUCCCUCUAUGAACAACAGUCGUGUUCCAGCAAGGACCAAUCCUCACCCACCAAGGAAGGGACCAGAACCAAGUUCAAAACCAAGUGAAAUCAACAUACUACUAUUCCUUCUAAUCAAGGUACUCCGGCACCAUCUUCAAUAG